AUGGCUAUUAUUCUAAGAUUUGUUGAUUGUGAUAAAUUUAUUCGUGAGCGCUUCUUCGAUAUUGUGAGUGUUGUAGACACUAAUGCCUUGACUCUUAAAAAAGAGAUAUGCAAAGUGCUUGGUAAUAACGACAUUCUAGUGGAAAACAUGCGUGGUCAAGGGUAUGAUGGUGCUAGUAAUAUGCGUGGUUCAUGGAAUGGCUUACAAGCAUUAUUUCUUCAAGAUUGUCCAUAUGCAUAUUAUGUGCAUUGCUUUGCUCAUCGCUUGCAAUUGGCAUUAAAUGGUGCAGCUAAAGAUGUGAAACUUCAAGAUAUGAGGGUACAUGGCUGGAAUGAUUUAUUCUAUAGUGUGGUAUCAUUUUGUGAACUACAUGAUGUUGAUGUUCCUGAUAUGGGUGUUCGUUAUAUGACGAGCACACAUCGUUCUUGUCAACAAAAAGAUUUUAUUACAUUUGAGCAUUACUAUCGCGUUGAUGUAUUCAAUGAUGUUAUAGAUUGCAUGUUAAGUGAGUUAAAUGACAGAUUUCCAGAGCAAACAAUUGAACUUCUUAUUCUUAGCUCAACAUUGGAUCCUCGUAAUUCAUUCAAGUCAUUCAAUAUUGAGCAUAUAUGUAAACUUGCUGAGAAAUUCUAUCCUGUUGAUUUCCUUCCAAAUGAGUUGAAAGAUUUGGAAAUAGAAUUGAGGUUGAUUCGGUUAGUGUUGACUCUUCCCGUUUCUACAGCAACAAUGGAACGAGCUUUUUCAUGUGUGAGAAUUAUUAAGAAUCGGCUUCGAAGCACCAUAGCUGAAGAGUUUCUUGCUGAUUGCAUGACCUCCACAUUGAAAGAGAAUGUAUUUGAGGGUAAGGCUUAUUAUGUCCCCCUUGACUAG